GGAGGAUGUUAUGUCAACUGAGCAGGUGAGUGCGAGUCUGGCCGGCUGGGAUUAAGCGCCUGUGGGGCGGCUGCUCUGCCGGCAGUACCGGACUCCCGCUGGUCAUUGUUCAGUGGCUGGAUUUUACUGCCCAGGAAAAUGCUGUACAAAGGGACUCUCAUGGAAAUAACCUCUUCAAACGUCUUGCCAUUGCUGCUGGGUAGUGUGGGCCUUAUUAUUUUAUUCAGGCUGCUGCAGAGCAUGAAGGAGCGAGCAGUCAUUCAGGAUGCUGUGGUGGUGAUAACAGGAGCAAGCUCAGGCCUUGGUAAAGAGUGCGCCAGAGUUUUCCAUGCAGCCGGUGCCAGGCUGAUAUUGUGUGGACGAAAUAAGCAGAAGCUGGAGGAACUCGUGAAGGAGCUAACAGUAAUGGUGAAUGACAAGAAAAAGACGCACACGCCUCACGUGGUAACCUUUGACCUGGCGGACUUGGACACAGUGAGAAGCAGCGCAGAAGAGAUUCUUAAUUGCUUUGGCCAAGUUGAUGUGCUAAUAAAUAAUGCAGGGAUCAGUUACCGAGGCAACAUCCUGGACACUGCCAUUGGCGUUGAUAAAGAUGUGAUGAAUACCAACUAUUUUGGACCUGUUGCUUUAACUAAAGCCAUUCUGCCUUACAUGGUGCAGAGAAGAAGUGGACAUGUCGUAGUGAUUAGUAGCGUCCAAGGGAAAAUAGCAAUUCCAUUUCGAUCUGCUUAUGCGGCGUCUAAACAUGCCACCCAAGCCUUCUUUGACUGCCUACGCGCAGAGGUGGAGCAGUACGAAGUUAAGGUGACCAUAGUUAGCCCAGGAUACAUCCGUACCAACCUUUCCCUGAAUGCAGUCACUGGAAAUGGAUCCAAGUAUGGCGUGAUGGACAAGAGUACGGCGGAAGGCUACGAGCCUCGUGUUGUUGCUGAAGCUGUCCUCACUGCUGUUUGCAGGAGGAAGAAGGAUGUCCUGCUCGCAGGGUUACUGCCAACAGUUGCAGUUUACAUGCGAACCUUGAUUCCGAGUCUCUUCUUUCCCAUUAUGGCAGCCAGAGCUAAAAAAGAGCGCAAGAUGAAGGAUAAUUAACCUUGUCCUGGGUCCCCUAACUCACUCUUUUUCUGUGAACAUUGUUAAGGCCUCUUGGUGCAAUUCUUCUGUGAUUGGCCACCACACUGAAUGUGUCAAAAUAUGUCUUCUGAACUUGUUUGGAAUACUGUCUUCUGGUUACACUGAAACCAGGGUAAAUUAAGUACAUUUGAAUGUGAGCUUAAAAAUUUGAAUCCUGCUUUUAAAGGGUUUCUAAGAGCAGAACAAAUAUGGAACAUUGUAUUUACACUCCCUGAGUUUAAUGUCAGUGCAAAGCUGAAAGCACCCUGCACAGAUGCUAAACUUGGACUGUGUAGCAGGCAUGAACAUCUGAACUAAUUCUGAAGUGGAUUGAAACUGCUUCCUUCAGGGACUCUCACUACACUUCAUUCUGUUAUCAUGUCUGCCCAGAAAGCAAUUUCAGACUGAGCUUGCACUAUAACUGCAGCAUCAGUGCAACGUAAAACCCCUAGCAUUCAAAGUAUUUAAAUAUGUAAGUGAUCUGUUUACAAAUUUUCAAUGUGUUACAUUUCUGUGAAAGCAAAUAAAGAUAAUAGAUAAA